GGAUUGGGAUUGGGAUUGGGAUCUGGAUUGGGACCGGGGCACAGCCUUGUGCUUGCCGUCGGGGACACGCCACGUCCCGCCAUCCCUUCCGGGUGAGGCGGUGCCGCCCGCCCCCUGACCCUUACCGCUUCCUUUCCGCGGCGGCCGCCGGAGCAGACGGGCAGAAAUGGCACCUCGUAAGGGCAAGGAGAAGAAGGAAGAGCAGGUCAUCAGCUUGGGACCGCAGGUUGCUGAAGGAGAGAAUGUGUUCGGUGUCUGCCACAUCUUUGCUUCCUUCAAUGACACUUUUGUCCACGUGACUGAUCUCUCUGGCAAGGAAACCAUCUGCCGUGUGACCGGUGGGAUGAAGGUGAAGGCGGACAGAGAUGAGUCCUCUCCCUACGCGGCCAUGCUGGCGGCCCAGGACGUCGCCCAGAGGUGCAAAGAGCUGGGCAUCACCGCCCUGCACAUCAAACUGCGUGCAACUGGGGGGAACAGGACCAAGACUCCUGGACCCGGUGCUCAGUCGGCCCUGAGAGCUCUGGCCCGCUCUGGGAUGAAGAUUGGCCGCAUUGAGGAUGUCACCCCCAUCCCCUCCGACAGCACUCGCAGGAAGGGUGGUCGCCGUGGACGUCGUCUGUGAACAGCGCUGCACCUUCUGUUUAUUAAAGCUCUCUUAAACCUC